AUGGGCACCCAGAGACACCCAGACACCACAGGGGUGGGCACCUACAGGUGCCCCCAGGCCCCGGUGUGGCCCCCUCGGGUGCCCCCGGGCCGGGUGCCCGUGCCCGUGUCCCUCCCGUCGCUCCGCAACCGCCACCACCGGCGCGUGACCGAGAACAAAGAGCCCUUUGAGCGGCAACCCCGCCGUGUUUUCCAGGCCACCAAAAAGCUGGUGCUGAGCGAGCGGGAGGGGCGGGAGCGGGCGCUGGAAUUCCUGAGGAAAAACGCCGCCAACGGGCUCUCCGUGGCCAACCUGCUGGCAGGGCUCUCCUCCAUCCUCUGCAGCGUCAACAGGCAGUACCAGCUCUCCUGCUGGCUGCUCCUGCUGGGAUUCCUGCUGGAUUUGGCCGACGGGGCCGUGGCCCGGCAGCUCAACGCCUGCUCGGCACUGGGUGCCAAGCUGGAUGACUUUGCGGAUUUUACCACCUUCGGGCUGGGCACGGCCCUGCUGCUGCAGCCCCAGGGGGUGCUGGGGGGGCUGCUGGCCCUCGCCUACGUCCUGGCCGUGUUCGCCCGGCUCUGCUUCUUCUCCAGCGGGAGGAAGGGGGAAGCAGGAUUUGAUCCCAAGCCUCUGGAAAGCCGGAGGCUGCCGGAGGGUGUGGGAGGAGGAAGGAAGCGAAGGUCGGACCUGGAGCUGGAGAAACACUUGGGAUCCCCUGGGAGGAUCCAGCAGCUGUGA